AUGUCCCUAGAUUCGUUCUCGGACCCGACUAGGCCGUUGAAUCGUCUUUAUGACAUGUUUUCUGAGGAAGGCCUCCCCUCAGGUCUAAACGUCAGACAUUUUGACUCUUUUCCAUUAUAUUUUUAUCACGAUCAAUGUGCGCGUGUGUCAAAUUCUGGCUGCUGUCAAAGUCCUGUGGCGUUGGAAACAAAUCGAUCAGACAUCACGGCGUCAAGUACGCCGACGAGGAGGAUGGAGGAGCUGGAGACGCUGGAAGGUACGGAGUGCCCCGAGUGUCCAGGACCUCCACCGGAAUUCCGGUUGCCACCACCGCCUCGGCCGCCAUUUUUAACCGAGGGUACAUUCUGCUCCGAGGCACCCCUCGCCGAACUCGAGGAUUGCGUCGCGAUUCCGAUGAUAGACGCCUCCUACCACACAAAUCCGUCGCUCCAAAGCACAGCGUUGAUAAUCACGAGCGCCGUCAUCCUGCUGCUAAUGGCCGCCAUAAUUUCCGUCGUAUUUUGGAAGCAUAAACGAAAAGUGCAGAACAUUCUGCCUUGCAAGAGCGCAGGAGGAGUCGCGGCGGCGUCAUCGGGGGCGUCGGGGGUCAGGGGUCGAGGCGUGGGGGUCCUGGGGGACGGUCAACAGCACGCGGGGGGUUCGGUGCUGUACGAAGACCUGCCUGACGCGAUGUCGACGGGGGUGCGAAGCCACUUUGAUAGUCUCCAACAGCAGCAACUGCAGCUGCAGCAGCAGCAGCAACAGCAACGAAAUCAACACCAACACCACCUCCAGCAGCAGCACCAGCAGCAGCAACAAUCGGGGAACCACGUGCAGCACCUUCAGGCCCCUGCGCACCACCAUCUCCAGCAGCAGCAGCAGCAGCUGAUGCCGGGUCACCGAGCGAGCCAGCCAACGAUCGAGAUGCUGGACGUCCAAGAUGGCGGCAGAGGCGUCUUCGUCUGUAGCAGCCCGUCUGGAUCCGACCUCUACAAGAACUCCCAGGACUCGUACAACCCCGUCUACGAGGAACUGGCCAACGGUGAUAUCCACCCGGAUACAGACGACGAGAACGAGCCGAGCGCGAGGACCAGGCUAACGAAUCAUCGGCGCGUUCACGCCAGCUCGAAGGCUGCUAGCGAGGACGAAUUUGCCGAGGACGAAUUGUCCGUCGGGGAACCAUCCGAGGCCAGAAUGCUGACCACUGGCGCUCCCGCCUGGGGCACGUGUCCUGCAGCUCCGAAACCCCCCAAGGGCAGAAGAGGCAGAAGUCCGAGGAGCCUUGACAGGCGCAGAAAGGACAAGGCUCAGGACGUCGGCGAGUUUCACGAGGGAAUGCUCCUCGAUGCGCUCUUGCAGCUUUAUCCGAGCGUCGCGGGAGUCGCUGGUUCCAGGCCGUCCAAUGGCCAGCGCCAACAGCAGUCCGUCCCAUCGGUGGCGCACCGGCUGCCUUACUUCGUGCCGCAACUUCCGGCGGCGCAGGUUUUGAAGGUCGAGGAAAACCCCUACGAGACGGUCCCAGUUUUGGGCCCGUUACACCGGUACACGACGCUGGGUCGGAGUGGGGGUCGGCAACAGGACAGGGGGGUGAAGUGCCCUCGGUACACUUCGGAGUAUUACGGCCUCCAAAACCAGGAGGUCCUUCCGGGGGCCGGGGGCCCGGUCUACACCCAGGUAGGGGGUGACUAUUCGGAUUACUCCCAGCCGACGGACAGGCUCUACCUCGAGGAGAAGUAUGCCCAGCCGGUCUACUACACCCCUAGGGAACCGGACCACGUCUCUUCCGGUCGGCUCUACCAGGGUCAGCCGGACAGCAGCUUCGGCAGUGACAGCGGCUACAGUCAUCACACCUCCGGGACGACGGGAACGACGGGAACCCGUGGGAGCAGCUCCCGGGUCAAUCACAGGAAGGACAAACAACACAGGAACUCCCAUCACUCGAUCGACUACGUUGUUUCGUAAGGAACGUUUCGUGUGCGAAGUGAUGAGGGUCUCGCUUUCCGGGAAUGGCAUUGUUAUCUCCUAUCGUUUGUAGUUCGAAACUCGGAUUACCGGGAUCUAAGGUGGCACACCUGCGUGGAAAAAAGCCACUCUAACUGGCUCGUAUUUAAUGAUAAAAGUCAACUUUUACACGAUAUUUUGCAUGGUGUCAAUUCUGUGUGACGAAAUUAAAGUCUCACAGCUUGCACGAGGUAUUUUAAUGCGCGACGUCGGUGAUAUUAGCCUGGAACGAUCAGCUGACUGCCCGGUGCGACGCCAUAUUUCUCUCAUCUUCAAUCCGAAUACGAGGAGUCCAUAGUUGUUGAAUGCGAUUCUAGGGGACCGUUGCGUAUUUUUACACUGAUUUAUCAGAAAUUUAUUUGACUCGGAAAAUGGAAUGAAAAAAAAGACACACACACGUAAACACGCUCUGUAGUCACGCGACGAUUGACCAGAACUAGUAUAAUUACAUUUAUAAUUCGUACUAUAAGAUCUGUACAGGUAGAUACGGAGUUGGAAUCCACGAGCUUGUGUGCAGUGAGGUGUAAUAAUUUUGCGACGUUAUAUCGACGAGUGAGGAUAAUUUUAAGUGCAUUGUAUAAAUCAAAGAACGUGAAAUCCAAAGACGGGUUUACCAACACCCCCUCUACACCUUUGUAAUGUAAAUAUAUUUUUUUUUUUUUCUAAUAGAAAGUAGCAUAGCGCUGUACCAUAUCGUUGUCGGUAACCAAUACAUUAUAUAUAAACGAAUAAAAUAUAAGAUAAACAUACAACGCGCAGACAUAAAUAAGAGAGAAAUCAUGAAAUUUAAUAUAUUAUAUAUUUAAAUAUAUAUAAGAAAUAAAUAUAGUUUGUACUAAUUUUUCAAUAUGAUUCACAACAGUAUACAUAUACUCAUUGUAUAAUGCGAAGUAUUUCUAACGAUGAGCAGAGACACACUGCGUAUAAUUUCAGAAGUGAACCACAGAGGCGACACGUGUAUCGGGUAAAUCCAUAAGCUAAAUUCUACGUCUUUAGUUAAUUCGUUGAAAGUAAAAGUACGCUCAAACGAUUCUUGCCAUUAUUCUCUAUGACGUGAAAUAGCGUUUAGUAGAUAAUGAGCACUAGAACUGAUCGCACAGCCGAAAUAAAAUCGCAGGCGUGCCAGUUGCAGCCAUGUUGAUUUCGCGUCGACCGCUACGACGGUGUUUCACAAACUUUGUUAUAACUGACCAUGAGUAUAAUUACCUAGUGUAACAACAUGGUUCACUCUAUUAAUGAUUGAAUUUGCGAUUACACGUCAAUCUAAAUUUUAAUAAUCAUAUAAAAUGUUGUAUAGCGACGAGGCGCAGAUCUCAAUUGAUAUGUGAUCCUGUAUAUCCCCCAUAGCAAACUCGAAUACAUAUAACUUAAAUAACUAAACUUAAUAUAUAGAUCGAUUACCUCGAAACGUAAAUUAUAUAUUAAACUCUAUUGUAAAUAAAUUUUUCUACGUGCCCAUGCAGCUACUGUGGUAGUAAUGCACUCCAUACCUAAGUCAGGUAAUUCACAUACCCACAUACAUAUAUUAUAUACGGUGGUUCGCUAAUUCGCCGUUGUAAAUAAAUUUAGUUAUGCAUAUUGUAUGAUCUGCGUAGAGUUAUGACAUCAUUAUUCGUACACUUGCAUAAUCUUAGGGUUUCUCUUAUUGCUAUUUUUAUUAGCAGGUUUUUUGGGAACGCAAUUAUUUUCACAAGGUGAUAAAUAACAUGUUAUUUAUUUUUAUUUAUUUGCCACGAUCAGGUAUCUCAUACAGUUUAAUUUCAGUACGUGGCCUUCUUGCAGGCUGAGGGUGAGAUGUAUGCACAUACGUACAUACAUCAUUUAACUAAUAGUUAUAAUAAAUCCAUUUACUGAUUAAUGGCAUCGAGAAUUCUAUACGUGAGAAUAGAAUUACAUCCUCGGUGACAGCCUUGAGAUUCCUCCGGGAAUGCAAGGAUUUCAUUAAUUUGUAAUUCAAUUACUGUAUAACCGCGUCCGACUUGCAAACUUUACAUACCUUACACACAAAGAAAUAAUUGGAGACAAUAUUUCCUCGGAUUUUAUUAUCAAAACACGUGAGGCAAAAACGAAUGUUUCACAUUUGUACUAUACAUUUAUAGUUGUACUUAAACACUUCGGAAGAAAGAGAAAAAAGAAACGCUUUUUUUGUAAAUCUUGCGUCCAUGUUGAAUAAUUUCUAUUUAUUAUAAUAUAAUUAUCUAAAUAAACUUAUGUAUACGCGUGUUCAUGUCCACACGAUGGUACUUAAGCCCCUUUUUCUUCAACGAAGGAACUAAUUUCGAAAUGAUAAUUCCAAAUAAGAAAAAGAAAAGUCAUUGUCGGUAUAUUU